AUGAACGAGAGCACGUACAACAAUAUCUAUCGGAAUGCCUCGCCCAUGUCGCCGGCCACACCGAAUCCGAGUGCCUACCAGACGAAUGUAAACCGCACCAAGACGAGGAAAUGGGUCGAGGCAAAGAAGAACAACUACGACGGCGACGACUGGGGGAAUGAGUAUGACGACGAGGAGCCCGAAGAGCCCGAGGAGGAGCCACAGCCGCUUCCGAAGCCGACCGGCUUACGCCAGCCCGGGCAAGGCGCUCCCGCCGUGUUGGCCAACUACCCGCAGUCGUCCGGCAACCGUGCUGCUUCUCAGCCAUCCGCCGCCUAUGGCCAUCUCCGGGGUGAGUCUUUUGGGCGCAACCCCAGCGGCCCUCCGUCGCUGCAGCUCCAGACACAACAGGCUACGCCGAUAAAGAAUGUCGACCCUGCCGAGAUGACUUCCGGGUUUGCGCAGGGCGCGAUGCAAGACCGCCGGCCCUCGGAUCAGAUCACCUCCCCGCAGUCUGCUGGGCCAAGGUCCUUUGCCGGGGCCCCAGGGGCUACGUAUCCUGGCCGCAGGGACUAUUCGCCCGCGUCACAGAAUCGUGCAUCCCCGGCACCCGCGACCGCCGGCGCGACGCCGUCGCGGUUUCCUCCGCGGAAGAGCAGCAUGGGCCAGCAGGAUGCACCGGACUAUGGUGAUGCGACAGGUGCGAGGUCAGGGUCGCGACCGGGCUCUAGUGGGCGGCCUUGGACAGAACAGCGGUCCAGCUCACCUGGCCGUGCCGCGCCCGCCUCGGCUGCCACCCCUAACAAGCCGCUUCCUUUCAUUCGACCCUCGGACAUCUACCGCCGCAUGGACGAGGAGAAGGAGAAAGAGCGCAGGUCGAUGGAGUCCGGGAGACCAAGUAUGGACAGCAACCCGGGCAUCGGGAGCGAUAGAUCUUCAUCCCCCGUGAACGCCAUGAAAUCCCCGGUUGAUUCGCGCCGGCGGCUUAGUUUCGAAAGAGACGACGCCUCGGAUUCAUCGCGCGGACUCAAGUCGACACUGGCCCCUGUUGCCGAACGGAAAAGCGAGUACGGACUGGAGGGGCUGAUCAAGCAGGCAAACACCGACGCCGCUGGCCAACCGUCAACGCAGGAGCAGCCUUCGUACUCGAUUGCGCCAGCGGUAUAUGGUACCACGGCGAAGAGCCUUGAGGAUCGCCGCAAAUCUGUUAGUCCCAGGCUUCCAGACCUCACCCGCAUGUCUGGCUUUGGAGAAGACUUCUUUGCCGGCGAGGGUGGGUUUUCUGAUGAUGGAAACCAAACACGGCCUUCAAACGACCCAGCAACUUCUCGUAUAUCACCGGAAAUCAAGUCGGAUUCAUCCGACACAACCCCCACUCGUCCCUCUGACAACAAUCCACCCGACACUGUACAGCGUGCGCCUAGUCUCAUUGAGGGUCCGUCCCUAGCUGAAGAGACGAAGCCCUCCGUGCCUUUGCCCGGGUCUGAGCCUGCCCAGGACUCGACUAUACGAGCAGCCAGCGACCAGGACCAGGUCUUAUCAGAUGAGCCAGCGACUGCCAAGCGAUCAAAGCCGUCUCGGCCGUCCAUACCUGGAGGCUGGGUGUCGGAAACUACCAAUAUGGGAUCUGCUGAUGCCACACCCCUGGAAAAGCCGGAGCCUCUAGCAAUGAACCUCUCGCCGGUUCAAGAUACUGAGAGGUCGCCGGGCCUAGAGUCCGAAGUGGAUGACAUCGCACCAACAACGACGGUCAAACAAGCCCAUUCGCUAGAGCACACCCCGAAAGCAAUCGCGAAGAUACAAGCAAAACACGACAGCUGUGCAGAUGGUUUCGGUAAUGCCACAGGCAAGCACGAUCAGAUAGUCACGGAAGAAGUUGUCGCCGCGGGACCUGGCCACCACCCGACACCUCAGAUGCUUCCGCCACUACAAACAGGAAAUCCUUUAUCCUCACCCAACCCACCGCCGCUGGUUGAGCAGGCUGUGGCUAGCUCGAAUGGAGUCAGAUCACCGGCUUCCACCGACUCUCCCUCGAAAUACUCUUCGUCCACCCAUCCACGCACCGCCGCUACAACCGCAUCGGAAGUUUUACCCACCGCCCCUUUGAAUCCCAAACGUGGCGAUGCUCCUGCAUCUGAUUAUACUGGCCCAGGGUUCCUCCCUCGCAACUUGACAAUGAGCUCUGUGGGCACGGCAUCACCAAAUGAGAGUGACAAGCUGAGGGAAGACAUUAUCAAGUCCCUCAGCCCAGUAAAUCAUCAAAGUUCGGGCGGCUACCCGGUCCCGGCCACUAAUAGUUCUCAAACGCCCAGGAGCUCUCCUGGGAUGUUCCGGGAAAGUAGAUAUCUGUCGGACGUUUACGAUGACUACAUGGGACCGGCCGAGGACAAAUCUCUGCAGGAGACUGGACAGACGCUGAAAGACAGCAUCCUGAACCACGAAAAGCCUCUCGUAGCCUCGCCCACGUCGGAGACCGGAAAUAAUUUCGAUACAGCACCACCCGCGUUACCAAAGAAUGGCCAAUCCAAAUCGCCGAAGCUCGCGAGGCGGUUCUCGUGGGAGCAGGGACCAGAAGAAGUUACACUAAGCCCUGUAGAGGGGCCCGCUACCCAGCCAUUCACUGCUGAGUUGACUACUCAUGACAAUGAGCCAUCCGAGGCCUCUGCAAACGUCAACGAGCGGGAGGCCACACCGACUCCGGCAUUGCAAAUCGAACCUGACAACACUGGCACGAUAUCCCACCAAGUGUCUCUGGUCAGCAGCCACACUCCCGGAGGAUUGGGUAUUGCUGGGAUAGAACCACCCUCGCCAGUGUCCGUCAUGUCCGCGGAGAGGAGUCCCGAGCCGAAGAUGAAACGCCUGUCUCUUGCCGAUGAGAAGGUCCUUAUUCAGUCAUCGGCAAGCCCAGUUUCACCGAGCCCACCUCCUGGUGACCACCCGGCUUUUGCCACUCCGCCUCCUCCCCAGCCGCCGUCGCCAGCGGAAGAAAGCAGCGUGCCAGUGACGUCUCCCACAACGCAAAACAUCAUGGGUUGGCGGGAGAUUUUAAGCCUGCCGUCGCCCGCUCUCAGAAUACCAAAGUUUGAGGAGUCACGUUUGCAGUAUUCAUCAAUGGACUCUGGCCUGUCAAACUGGCUUGAAAAUAUGAAGAGCGAGCCAGAGCACACGACGUUGUCGGCAUCAUUCAGAGACCUGGCGGUGGGCACGACUGGCCACCAAAACCAGGCUCAGGUAUCGCCUACAAAUGCACAGCCACCUGCGCAGCAGCCCUACUACCAACAAUACCUCAAUGCAAGCAAUCCCAACAUCGCAGCCCCGCCACCGGGUGUUGUGCGGCAGUCGACCGGCAAUCUCCUCUCCGGGCAGCCGGCAGCCAGUGGAUUCAGCACGUCCGGAAAUCAAGUAGGGGCCAAGAGCAAGGAGUUCCUCCAGGCCGCGGGGGCAUUUGGGAACAAGGCCACGAAGGCCGGGAUGAAGUCGGGGUUGAAGCUCUUCAACAAGGGCAAGAGCAAGCUCCGUGUCACAGGCGACAAGGACCACUGGGACCCGGGGGAGCCACAAUUGCCUGCACCGUCGCCAGGCCCGCAGCCCCAGGCGACGCAGACUACGUCACAAGAGGCUAGGGCGCGACAUGGGCGGCGCCCGUCCUGGGGCCUUGGCUUCUUCGGGGCGCGCUCACAGGGCCAGGGCCAGGGCCAGGGCGGACCGCCCCCAGCCCAGCGAGCCCAGGUAGCACCAGCAAACCCAGCAGUAGACCACGCCAAUAAGCACGGCCGCUCGUCGUCCUUCUCGCUAAUCCAGCACCUUGUCCACCGCGACCCCAGGCAGAGGCAGAGGGAGAGACAGAGGCCAACGUCUCCAGCCGCACCAGGCACGGCACCAGCACCAGCACCAGCACCAGCACCAGCAGCAGGCCUGCAGACACUAGCACCAGCAGCAGGCCUGCAGACACUAGCACCAGCGCGAGGCACAGCACCAGCAGCAGCUGCUGCACCAGAGGCACCAUCAGCUCAUCUUACAGCUCGUCGAACUCCUCGCGCUGAUUCUGUUUCUGCCUCUGCUUCUGCCUCUGCUCCUGUUCUGAUUUCCGCUACAUCAGCAAGCACGCCGUCGCACCACGGCACUGCACCGCGUCAAUCGCCUCUCCCUGGCCGUCUGUCGCUUUUCCCUCCGCUUGCAACCCACCCGCGUCCCUUCUCCUCUUCCUCACCCCGGCUCCCGCCCCGAGACCGAGACACCCUACCACCGCCGCCGCCACCGCCGCCUGUCAAGAAGGACAAACCUUCUGCGCCCGGUGCAGCCCGUGUCAGCGGUGCUCGUCGUAGCCUCUCACAGCCCGAGCUAGUGUCGCCCAUUUCCGAAGCAUCGUCUACAGCUCCCGCCCCAGAUAAACGUCAACUUAAUUUGCGGCAACGCUCCGAGGCGCCGCAGCUGCCAGUGCCGGCUCCCAUCAGUAAACACCAGCCUACCUGGGACCCCUUCACGGCUACACCACUGGUCGAGGAGGACGAUUUUGACUUCGCUCCGCUCGCUGGACGCCGUAAUUCCACGUCGCUUGUCUCCUCUGCCGCAUUGCCAUCCGCGCGUGAUGAUGAUGCGCAUUUGACUGCUAGCCAUAGAUCAGAUAGUCGGGUUGAAACCAUCGCACAGCAAGCUUCGGCCCCAGCACACACGGGGCCACCUGGUGUCGACCGACCAACUAUGACAGUGCCGCUCACGGCUGAGAGGCCGGUCGCAUCUCCCCUGCAGCAGUUCACACAGGAAGACAGUGACCCGGCCCCUGCCCGGCAGAGCUCCUUCGUCGGCCUGCCGCCCAUCCGCCGUACCUCGACCUUCGGCCUCCUUGGCAGUAAGAGAGGCCUGAUCGACGACAACAACUCUACGUCUUCGCCCGUCACCCCGUCGGAAGAAGACGAGCCCCCCGUACCCGCCGUCCCGGGCAGUAUGGAUGCCUACGGUGCGCAGAGCAACCGCGGGCCCCAGGCUCCCAGCCAGCACCCGAACGGUCAGAUGCCGCCGCAUAUAGCCCAGCAGAUGCACAACUUCCCCCAGUCUAGCCCACAGCAUCCAGACCAAUUCGCUACUGCCAACGGCCAGAAUGGGUACGGUCAUCCUGUCCAGCAGGGUAAUGGCUUCUUGGCAGGCCGUGGACCCGGCCCCAACGGAGACCGUUCGCCGCCGCCGCCGCCACAGGCCGGCUUCGGCCCCGGAGCGAACCAACCGCAGCAGCACAUGAUGGGCCAAGGAGGUGCUGUUCCCGGCGUACCGCAAUCUCAAUUCAGCCAGGUCCCGGGGCAGACCGGGUCACCGCCGGCGCAAAACGCACCAACCAUGCAAGCCGGCGCGAGACCCGGCAUGGCCUCUUCGCCUGGUCCAGGGAACCCAAUCCACCGUUUCCCCCCGCAGGGGCAGUGGAAGCUUGAGGAGUCUCAUCUGUCAGAACCUCUCAAUACUUCAAGGAAACCACAAAGUCCACCCGCCCAGCAGCCGGGCUACUACGCGUACGACAAGGAGACGGAAUCUCCAACGCCUGAUGGCCCGUCCCAGCCUCUGCAGCGCGCGUCGCGCAACAGUGGGAUGCCUCCUGUCACAGCCAAUCGAUUUCCCGGCCUGUUCCCUGCCGGAAGUUCGAACCAAUCUCCGGUCCAGCAGGAUCAACUUCAGUUCCUGCCACCUGCACAAGCACAGCAGCAGAGAGACAGCAUGGGCAUUUCGCGAUCCUCAACUCAGGAUUUGGACGAUGGCAAACGAAACCCAGGUCUGCUGAAGGAGAUUGGUGGCAAAUUCUUGCCGCAGCACCGAAGGGAUAACUCCAUGUCCAAGGACGGGCCUGCAGUCCAGAGUGACGAAGUAUCUGAGACCAGUGAUAUUACUGACGAACCCAAAGAGAAGAGGAAGCGCAGUUCAUUCUUCGGCAUCGGCGUUCCCCUGACCAACAAUGGUCCGGCACAGCAUCCCAACGCUCCCGGACAGCCAGCACAGCAACCUCAGCAUCAGCAGCAAUUUGCACCCCCAGAUAAGAAAAAGACAUUUUUCGGUGCAGGGGGCCUCGCGAAGCAGAUGUCAAAUCUUGGCGUCACAAAGCCGGACAACUCCGGUCCGAAGAGUGAUACCAACUCUGUCCACAAUGCAGCAGGCGGUCCAAAGAAGCGUCUAUCGGAUUUGAAGGGCAUGUUCAAGGGCGGUUCGAAAGACGAGCAACAGUCUGGAAAGCCAGAGAAUGUGCCAUCAACUCGGCCGUCAAUGCAAGGCCCUCCAAGGCCAGGCCCCGUGGGAUAUCAAGGGCCACCUCAAGGUCAACAGCCCCCUGCGCAAUUCGGGCAACCGGGCAUCAUGGGCCCUCCCCCACCCCUGAGCAGAGGGAGAAGCAGUACCCAAGGUUCUGCUCAAGGGCCUCCCGCCAUGGGACCACCGAAUGCGCUCUCGCCUCUAGGACCGCAGAAUACCGGUGACGACAAGAGCAGGAAACCCUCCACCGGCGGGUUCCUUGGCGGGUUGUUCGGCAAUCGUCCAGGGUCAAGUGCCAAAGAUUCAGCACCUCCCCAGGGGCAACAGCCACCACCGUUGAGGCAAUUCACAAUGCACAUGCCGCCUGGUCAGCAGCCAGGUCAACAGCCACAUCCUGGACAAGGGCCUCCCCCAGGCCAACAAUUUCCUCAACGCAUGAUGUAUCCUCAACAACCAGGUCAUCCACAAGGUUACCCACAAGGUUACCCACAAGGAUAUCCUCAAGGCCAGCCAGGACAAAUGUCACCACCCCCGGGACAACAAGUCGGGCAAGGUACGGGAAUGCCAGGCUUCCAAGGAUUCCAGAACCCUAUGCAACAAAUGCGGCAGCCUGGACCUCCUGGAGCACAACCCACUGCCGUGCCUGGCCAAGGCGGAGUGACGAUGGGCAUGCGCGUACCGUCCCAAACGCAUAUGCCAUUGCAAGGCCAACAGGGCACACCCCAACAGCAGUCCAAUCUGCCCCAGCCUCCGGUCGUGUCUGGGCAGCAUGGUGCACAGGGGCAACGGUCUCCUGAUUCUCAAUCUGCUAUUCCGGCUGUUGGUGCCAGCGAGCAGCCCACGGGGCCGCAAGGAUCACUUUCUCAGAAAUCCUCCCAAGAACGCUUGAGUAUCGGUGGAUCAUCCAUUUUACCUCGCGUUUCCCCUAACCGUAAACCAGUCGGAUCAGGUUAUGCGAGACAAGCGUCCGGUUCCAUUUCUGCCAGCCAGCCGCCGGCGGUGACCCCUAGUGCCGCCGAGUCUGGGCCCGAACAGUCUGCGAAGCAGCUGGGUCAUUCCGCUGAGUUUGGAGGAGACGGCCAGCAGGGAGGUGGCCCCAACUCUGCCAUCCAGAAGAGCCCGCAGCUGGGGGCCCCUGCCCACGCUGAACAUAUGCGUCGCCCAUCGCUGCCAACUCCUUCUCAGUCCCCGGCUCCGGCGCCGGCACCGGGUAGCCCUGAAGCCCGACGGGGGUCUACAGUUUCUAGUCAACCGCAACCGAGUCCACACUCUCCACCGCAGCAACAAUGGGCGGCUGCAGAUCGACAACCUCAGCCCGGGCAGCAAGCGUCAUCCGCUCAGCCUGCUGGGGCUCCUCAGGGCUUGCCUAAUCAACCAGGACAACCUGGUCAAGCAGGCCGCGGACAACCAGGACCAGCCCCUGGGCCGCAGCAGAACCAACCCCCUCAGCCGUGGGGUUUCACCCGCGCGGGUACACAGGGCCCUCCGGGUCAACAACCACCUCCGCAUAUGCAGGGUCAGUGGAGGCCCGGCCCCGGCCCGUCCCAAGAGCAACAAAAAGGCACAAUGUCGAAGCUUUUCGGGGGCGUUAGUAAGAAGCGAGAUUCUACUGUCUCGCAGGCCCCAACUGGUAGCCAGCCAGUGCCCCAAAGGGAGAGUACUUCAUCCAAACUGUUGGGUGCCUUCAAGCGCACAAAGCAGCCUGAGCAGCCUCAGGGUCAGCAGCGUCCACCUCAAUUUCAGCAAGGCCCUCCGCCGAUGAUGCAUGGAGGACGAGGGCAGAUGCCACCUCAGCCGGGCCAGCCAAUGCCUCCACAGAUGAUGCAAGCCGGUCGUGGGCAGAUUCCUCCUGGCGGACCACGUCAAGGUUCCUUCGGGCCCGGCCCGGGACAACAGCAGCCGCAGAUGCAGCCACCUCAGUUCGGUCGCGGUCAGAUUACUCCACUGAUCCAUGGCGAUCGUGGUCAGCUUCCGUCGCAAAUGCAAGUGGGACGUGGCCAGAUAUCGCCUGCUGUGCUUCCCAUGAUGCAGGGUGUACGCAGUCAGUCUCCCGCACAACGGCAGGAACCCCAGUACGCAGCUGUUCCGAUUCCACGGGGUUAUGAGGCAGUCCAUGGGUACAACGUUCCAAAUAUGGUGGCACCUUCUCCUUACAAUGUCCGUCAGGGGUCGCCUCCGCAGCAGUAUGGACCACAGUUCCAGCCCCUUGUACCGCAGCACACUGGCGCUUCGCAGAGCUUCCAGCAACCACUAAUGCCCCAGCACACCGGCGCUUCACAACAGAUCGAUCCUCGCUUGCCCUCGCCCGCGCCGUCUCAUCAAGUCCAGCCUCAGCCGCAGCCGCAGCCACAGCCACAACCUGGUUCUCAGUACAAUGUUCCUCAGGGCGCUUAUGCCAACCAGCCGCCGCACCAGGGCCAGCCUCAACAGUUAGUACCGCAGCACACUGGAAGUCCUGCGCCGCAACAGCACCUCGCUGCGCAACCACCUGCUUCACAGGGUCCGCCUUCUGACCAAGCUUCUGAGGCCAGAAGCUCUCCCCAACCGCAGUUUGGGAGCCAAGGCACAUUCCUGUCACCUCCUAGCGCCAGGGAAUCCGACCAAGAUCUUUCUGCCCAGAUCCAGACUGCCUCCCAAGUCCAUAUCGUGCCCGCCCACCCUGGUUCUGACCUACACAAGCAGCAGCCUCAGCAGAUUGUCACUGAUGUGAACACUCAGUCUCAGGAUCAGCACACAGGGUCACCCCAGAACCAACCUUUGCCUGACUCCGCAAACACAUUUUCUCCAGUGAACACUGCCGCUGGCAGGCUACCGAAUCCUCCGUUGCCAUCAAUGGUUUCGGGCCACGACGGCCAGCAGCAACAUGAUAUCAACUCUGUCGGCCAUACCCCCUCGCCGCCAGCUGGAUCGGCGAAUGCCGGACAGCAUGCCGUGCGUCAUGUCACUAGCAACCUCUCUGUGGCUGACGAGCCGCCACGAACCACUUCGUUGAGUCCCGAUGUAGCUCCGCACAGGACUUUUAGUGUAAGCCCUGAGCCUCCUGUAUCAACACCACCAACUCACCAAGCGGCUCAUCAACCGGCUCACCAACCGUCGAAUCCCAACCUGAAUGUUAAUGUCUCGACGGCAAACGGAUAUUCCCGUGAUCAGGAAGAUCUAUAUGAUGCGACCCCCCGCAAGGCCCCACCGCCGCAAGCUCAAAACCAUGGCACGCCUGUCACUCAACCACACAACGGGGCUGCUCAUAACGACGAAGCUGGAAGGCAAGGGUCGAAUGCUGCUGCCAUCGCUGGUGGCGCAGCUGCCGGUGCAGCUGUUGGUGCUUUGGCGUCUGGUGCUGUGUCUAGGAGCAGCAGCUACCAGACAGAAACUCCCCAUUCGAACGGCAGCACUGUACAUGCCGCUCACGCAGAGCCUGAGGAGAAGAUCUUAGUCGACCAACCUGUUGAACUUGCGGCUGUCAAUGAUGACGGCGAUGACCUACCGAUGAUGAGCGCUACAUCCUAUCCCGGACAGGAAUGGAACCCCUACGGUGCUGGCGAGUUUGGCGACUGGGAACCAUAA